AUGAGUACCCUAUGUUGGAACUGCAGGGGGCUUGCUAGCCUUCGUGCAGUUCGGGAACUACGGAUGUGGUGCUCUUCUCUAGUUCCUGAUAUUUUAUUUUUGUCUGAAACGAAAGUUAAUAAAAGCAUUGUUGAGAAUAAUAAAAUUAGUUUCAAUUUUCCGUAUUCUUUUGGUGUUAGUAGUAUUGGUAGGUCAGGAGGUUUAUGUAUUUAUUGGAGGGACUGCAUUGACUUUACUCUGGUUUCUUUCUCCCAAAAUCAUAUAUGUGGUGAUGUUAAGCAUGAGUCGGGUGUGUCUUGGCGUUUUGUGGGGUUAUAUGGUUGGCCAGAGGCUAGUAAUAAACACAAAACUUGGUCCCUAAUUAGACAGUUAUGUGAUGAUGUUGAGGGGCCUAUUUUGUUCGGGGGUGAUUUUAAUGAGAUUUUGUCGUAUGGUGAAAAGGAGAGUGGAGUUGACAAUGAAAGAAGAACUUUACCUGAUUUUCGGGAAACUCUUCAUGAUUGUGAGCUUAGGGACUUGGGGUAUGAAGGGCAAUGGUUUACUUGGGAGAAAGGUCGGACUAAACAAACUUUGAUUAGGGAGAGGUUGGAUCGAUUUGUGGCGAAUGGCCCUUGGUUCGAGCUCUCUCUUAACCAGGUGGUAGAUAACAUGGCUCGCAAAAAAUCCGACCAUUCACCAAUUUUCCUGAAACUUGGUGAGCAUAGGAGGAAAAAGAGGUUUUGGUUUGAAACUCAUUGGCUGCUUGACAGUGAAUGUGAGGAGGUUGUGCGUGGGGCUUGGAGGGACAUUACUGGUGGGGUGGGCGACCGUUUGAAAAGGGUGGCGGGAGAGCUGAAAAGCUGGAGCAGUCGCAAGUUCAAGGGUGUGGAAGUGCAAAUAGAGAAGCUCGAGAAGGACUUGAAAGAGGCGCAAGGGGAGGUGGUGUCAGAUGAGUCGCUUGCUAAAUGUGCUGACAUUGAAAAACAGCUUGAGGAUCUCUUUGAUAAGAAGGAAGCCUACUGGUACUUGAGGUCUAGGGUCUCAGAAAUCAAAGACGGGGAUCGCAAUACCAAAUAUUUCCACCAUAAAGCCUUUAAGCGCGGGAGCAAAAAUGAAAUAAAAGGUCUCUAUAAUGCCGAGGGUAACUGGAAAGAAGAGCUUGAAGAUAUUAAGAAAAUUGUCGAGCAAUUCUAUAGGACCUUAUUUUCUGCUGGCACACCCUCCGAGGAAGCGUGCACUAAGUGUAAUACCCCGUAUUUUUGA